CUUUCUCAGUUGGUUAGAAAUAUGGUGUCUCAGUGUCUUGAAUUCCUGAGGCGGAAUCAGUGGGAUGUGAGUUUGACUGAGAGAUUCAUGACCAUCAUGAAGGAGGGGCCCAUGUCCACAUGUGCUGAUGGUGUUCCCAAUGGGAUCAGGUACCACAUCUGUGACAUCUGGGUGGAAGAACUGGAAGCAGUUGGAGGAAAAGAGCUAAGUCCCCAGGAGCUCCUGCCAUUCCUGACACCAUACUUCAUGAUACUCAAGGAGUCAGACAACAUGACCCUUCUGGAGAGUAUUGGUACCAGUGUGCUGGAGGAGAUCAUCAACAGGGCUGACUUCACUGUUCCUGUAAAACUGCAAGGGGAGGAUGAGGAUGAGGAUGAGCAGGAGAAAAUAGAUGAAGAGGAGGAGGAGGAGGAAAAUGAAGAUGAGCUGGAGGAGGGAGUGGAUGAGAAUGAAGUAGAAGAGAAGGUCACAUUAAGGUUUGACCAUGCAGCCAUAGCAGAUCAGUUGUUUAUGCUGGCCAGCCAGAAGGACACUCGCAACAAGAACAGAAGGCUGAUGUAUAACUGGGUGAAAAAGUUUAAAGAUGCUGCCUCAGGCAUUUACCCAGAUCAAAACUUGCUACAGCUGUUGGAUAGUGAGUCUGAUGAGGAUGAAGGUGAACAUCAGAAGAGGAAAGCCCAAAAGAAGGACCAACCUGUGCCCAUGAUCUUAACAGAAGAUGGGCUUGUAGAAGAAAUGAAGAAAAGAAAAAAGAAGAGAAAGAAGCAAAGUCAAAGGGCCAAAAAGGUAGAAGAGGCUGGGGAGGGCAAAGAGUUGGAAAAUAACUGUACGAGUGCAGUUGAAGAAGUAGACAUGGAACAGUUGGGAAAUGAACAACAAGAGGCAGAAAAUAGUGCAGAACAAACUUUGGAUAAAGAACACAUUACAAAUGGUGACACUGCCUGUGAUGCUGAAGUGGGUGCAAAAAGUGUGAAGCGGAAGAAAAAAACAAAAGGAAAGAAGAAAAUAGCUUCACAAGGUGAGGCACUAGUUGAAAGUGCUGAUGCAGAGUUAGCACAUACAGAAAGAAAGACAGACAUUGCUAAGGGAGGUACCAAAAGCAAAGUGAAACCCAGGAAACGGUCUGCAUUUGAGGCACACCUUGAUAACUCAAAAGGAGAAGCUGUAGAGUCUGUAGCAAAAGCAGAUGAUAGUAGUGUUGAAGUGGUGGUUUUACCUGGCCCUGCGGACAAUAUUACUGAUGAAUCAUUGGAAGGCAAAGAGUUUGUUACGAGGAAGGACCUUGCUGAGGCCCAGUCAUCUGUACAGUCCCCUGCUCCUCAGCGUAAGCAGAGUCCCAAGGUGAAGAGGAGGAAGAAGCGAUAUUUUGAGGGGGUUACUGAGGAUAGUGACAUCAAAGAGGAAAGUGCCAAUGAGUCCAGCAACGUUACCGGUGGAAAAAAGCAGAAAAGAAAGUCAUCUUUGACACCCCAACUGGCUGACGGCCUAGAUGAGUCUUCAUCUUCCACGCCAACGUUACCAAAAAAGAAGAAAAACAAGCAGAAGGAAGUUUUUGCAUCAUUUGAGAAGUUUGCUGUCACUCCUCCAUCUUUCUUCAGAAAAGCUGCCAGCAAAGCUAUGCCCAGGUCUGAACCUAAACUGAAGAAGACUCCAAAGAAGUCAUCAUCAAAUGGACUUGCAGCACCCAGCUCUGAACCAAUAGACGGAAAAAAGCGUGUUGCAUUUGCACUCUCCAAGAACACCACACAAGAGUUUCGCAAGAAUGAGAAGAGCCUUGCGGUGAGCCCUGCACCGGUUGCCAUCCCCUAUGAUUCUUCUCGCCAGCCAGAGCAGGGUGUUUUGAAACCCAGCAGCACAACGCCCCCUGUCCGGAGAAAAGCAAAGCGCAGGUCCAUGGCAGCAGACUUCUUCUAGUAACUCACAUGAACCAAAGAACUCUGAAAUACUAGUGCCACUUGCAUUUAUUUUCCACACUGUACCUCCUUUUUGGUUAGAAUUUUAUACUGGUAGAGGAAUAUGUUUUAAUAGAGUAGGAAGUUUUAAUUCUACCAAAGGGGUACCAAUGCCCCAGAUUUAUCAGUAUGAUGUAGGCACAUUAUAGUGAACUAGUACUUCAUUCUUUUUGUUUUUUUUAAACAUCCAAGAUUAACUCCGGAUUAUUUACAAUCAAUGUAUAUGUAUAAUAAUUAUGGUUAUUCAUCCUGUCUGUAAAAGGGGUCAAAAAGACACCAGUUUGUCAGCUGAUGGUUAUGCUGUAAUUUAGGCAGUAUACAGAGGAAACCUGUACCUAGUAUGACUGACUUUAUGUAGAUGAUUGAGUAAUAGUCUAGUAGCAUUUCUCAACCCUUGUCCUGAUUUGUGACUGAAAAGUAUACUAUUAGUUUGAUUACAGCCUAUGUUACCAGAAAUUAUUUUGUUGGAGGUUGCCUUCAGUCUACACUUUUUGCUGAUUAUUCUGUAGUAAGUUCGAAUGGUCAUCACAAAUUUGACAAGCAAUACACGUACAUGAUGAUUUCUGCAAUGUCACUGCAUAUACUAGACUGUUGCUGGAGUUACUUUUUCUUUCACUUCAAAGCCAAACUGUACAUAUAUGGUACCAAGUUUAAAGGAAAAAUAAACAAAUAAUUUGUUUACCUUGUCAUGUGCACUAAAGGUGCACUCUCACUGCACUUUCGUGAAGCUUGCGUCACUGCGGGGUUAAUUCACUGCAGCACUAUUUUGUUAUUUUCUCAGAUUUUUUAGAAUUCAGAUAUUGCGUAAUACGUAAAAGCAUUACUUAGAAGACGACAAAAUGCACAUAAAGUAAGAAAAUUCGGUCUUUAUCUCGGAAAUUCGUUAAGCAUCUUUCGAACCCCGCAGUGAUACAAGCUUGACUCAAUUGCAGUGAGAUUAAAAAUAUUUACUGUAUGUAUGUAUAAGACAUUAGGGAUAUGUCAUGAUUAAUGUAGGUCUCGCCAAAAUCUAAUCACCAAAAUAGAUGGAGAAAAAAAAGACAAGAAUGUAGACAUCAACAAAUUUAUUAGCUUCAGUACAACGCAAUACAUGUGUGUUCCAGGAAGCAUUUGAACAUUUCAAACAAAAAUUCUGAAGGCUGUCCGCAUUACUAACAAUCGCGUUCCAUGAAUUUAAUACAUUCUUGGUUGACAUGUAUGACCAGUGAAACACUUAGUUCAACAGUACAUUGGUCAAAACAUUUGUAGCAGAGUCAAGUCAAAAGGACAUGCUGUGAGAAAUGGCCAUAUGUACAUUAUCUGCAUAUUUUUACAUCCAUUCUGAGUCUGACAAGGGGAGCAAAUCUUUCAACAUAAUAAACUUAGUCCUCUAGUCCCA